AAGGUAAAGAAAAACCUUUCCUGUGUUGUAAAAAGAACCAAAAAUGGAUUUAACGUGUUUUUAUUUAUUCACAAGAAGACUGUUUGUUUUUGACUAUGUGUCACAAUGGCCUGCCAAAAGUCCCGGUGCUCCCAGUGGGACGGUAGAAGAACGGAUGACGUCACUAGUAUCCGUCUGCUUCUGUCCAAUAGGAGGCGGCGAAAGGAACGCAGCUUGAGCUUUUUACCUCGAAACGCCAUCUUAUUUAGUCAGGGAUUUAAACAAGAGAGAACAGGGGAAAGCAGGCGGAGACAUAGAAAAAUAUAAUUUUAUUUAUAAUUUAGUAUUCCUACAGUUGUGGGGCAACAUUGUAAAUGGUUUUAGGUGUUUAUGAGGAAAAGUGAGAGCGCACCGGGAAGUCUGCUUUGGUUGGCUUGAAGCUAGCCCGAGAGAGGGAGGAGGAUUUGAGUUUUUUCUACUGGAAGAAGUUAUUUGUUUAUGUUAUUCAACACGGACAUGUCCUCUUCAAAUCCAGACCUAACUGACCCUAAUCUGGGUUUGGGAGCGAGUGGUCAGUCGAGUGGCGGAGCUGUGGCACCAAAAGUGACCAACCAAAGACGAGCUGCGACAAACUUUGAUGAGGAGGAGGAUGAAGGAAACAAGAUGAUGAGGUUCGAUGAUGAAACUGGAGGCUCCAGCAAUGAAAAGGAGCGUUUUGCCAGGUUUUUGGAAGAAGAUCAGAGUUUUGCAGAUAAGGAAAAACUAGCCAGGGAGAAUCACAGCGAGAUCGAGCGGCGGAGGCGGAACAAAAUGACUGCCUACAUCACAGAGCUGUCGGAUAUGGUGCCGUCGUGCAGCGCUCUGGCGCGCAAACCAGACAAACUCACCAUCCUGCGCAUGGCCGUGUCCCACAUGAAGUCCCUGAGAGGAACCGGUAACACCAACGCCGACGGCUCGUACAGACCUUCCUUUCUCACCGAUCAGGAACUGAAGCACCUCAUCCUGGAAGCAGCUGACGGUUUCCUGUUCGUGGUGUCGUGUGAAACGGGCCGUGUUGUUUACGUCUCCGACUCGGUCACGCCAGUCCUCAAUCAGCUACAGUCUGACUGGCUCGGCUCGUCGCUCUAUGAUCAGCUCCACCCGGACGACACGGAAAAGCUCAGGGAGCAGCUCUCCACUUCAGAGGGCAGCAGCACAGGGAGGAUGUUGGACUUGAAGACCGGAACGGUGAAGAAGGAGAGCCAGCAGCCAGCCCGAAUGGGCAUGGGAGCCCGGCGGUCGUUUAUCUGCAGGAUGAGAUGUGGGACGUGUCCGGUGGAACCGAUGUCCAUGAAUAGACUCGGCUUUCUCCGCAGCAGAAACGGGAGUGUUUUAGGAACACCCAAGGAAGGGGAGCCUCGCUACGUCGUGGUCCACUGUACCGGGUACAUCAAGUCCUGGCCUCCCGCAGGUGUAUCGUUAACCGACGGUGAGGCAGACAACAAUCAGGGGAGUCGCUACUGUCUGGUCGCUAUUGGGAGGUUACAGGUUACCUGUUGCCAAGGUGACACGGAACUCAACAGCAUCAGCGUGCCAGUUGAGUUCAUCUCCCGCCACAACUCCCACGGCUUGUUUACCUUCGUGGACCACCGCUGCAUGGCCUCCACCGGCUACCAACCCCAGGAUUUACUGGGAAAGAAUAUUAUCGAGUUCGCCCACCCAGAAGACCAGGGUCUGCUGAGAGACAGCUUCCAGCAGGUGGUGAAAAUGAAGGGCCAGGUUCUCUCCGUGAUGUUCCGCUUCCGCUCCAAAUCGAGAGAAUGGAUCCUGAUGAGGACGAGUUCCUUCACGUUCCAGAACCCCUUCUCGGAGGAGAUUGAAUACAUCAUCUGCACCAACGUCAAUGUCAAAAACUCAACCCAGGAUCCCCCUACUCCCAUCUCCUCCCCCCCAGGGGCCACCAUGCCCCUGGGUCAGGGCAGCCCAGGGCAGAUAGCCACCAGGCAGCAGCAGCAGCAGCAGCAGGCGGACAUGGGCGGAGACGGACCGAGAGACGGGCUUUACGAGGAUCCCGUCUCGCUUUCACAGAUACCCGUGACUCCAGCAGGACCAGACCAAUGCGGCGUAGAGAAGACAAAGAUCUACCCCGCCACCUAUCAAGGACCCAAUCAGACCAAAGGCCUCCCCCCCACCUCGGCUCCGUCCCCCCAGAUUUACGCCAACAACUUUCCUGCUGGGCGUCCCAGCGAGACUUACAGGCCCGUCGCUAUGACUCCACAGCUGGCUCAGCCGGCACACCCAGCCGGACAGAUGCUGACUCAGAUGUCCCAUCAGAACGGAGCCCCUCAGCCCGUCACCCCGUCCAGCACCAGCAGCCCCCUCCUUGGGGGCCCAGCAGGGAGGUGGCCCGGACCCGGCGUCAGACCACAGUUUAAUAACCAGCAGCAGGUGGCGCCUCAGGCAGCAAAGACGAUGUCCCCGCAGUUCACUCACCCGGGAGGAUUCGGAGCUGGCUCUUCCAGCACGUUUGGCCAGAUGCCCACAGGUGCUGCCCCCACCCCCCCCAACGGCACAAACUACCCUCAAAUGAAUUCCCGUGCCAGCCUCAACACCAACGGCUACGAUGCCCCCCAACCUGGACCGCAGUUCCCCUCCCGUGCAGCAGAGGCGGUGUGGUCCCAUUGGCAGAACCAGCAGCACACACAGAAUAAUGCAGAGCAACAUCCUCAUGCUCAGGGAAGCCAGCAGGACAUAUUUCCUGAUGUGCUGUCCAUGUUAGACCAGCCCGCCGGCUUUAACGGUGACGAUUUUGAGAUUCCCAUCUACCCGCCAUAUAACGAGUGACCCUCCCAGCCUCGUCUGCUGGUCUGACUUCUGCUUCCAUCUUCUGCCCUUUCUGAAUCUACAAGCCAUUGAAACCUGGAGGGGUGUGCUCUACAAGUAGGGCUGCUCGAUUAUGGCAAAAAUAAUAAUCACGAUUAUGGUGACUGAAAUAGAGAUCACGAUCAUUUUGGAUGAUUUUUCAAUUUAUGUUGAUUAUUUUUGUUUUUAUUCAGUCAUAAAAUGCUCAGGGCACAAUCAGGACAAAAAGAAAUAAGAAACAAGAUGAUCGCUAAAAUAACUCCUGGUUCCCAGUAUAAAAAGACCGAUAUACUUAUAGCUCAUAGUCUAUGACCCAA